UGUUUUAAGUAACAAGAAAAAAAUAUCAUAAAUGGUAAAAACAUUUCCAACAACAACAACAAAAACAAUACAAACUAAAGCAAUGACAUCGACAACAACAACAAUACCAACAACAUUGUCAACAACAACAACACCGGCUGUGGCGGCGCCUCCGGUGGUCAAUAGGACGGCCACAACAACAACAACACUGGCAUCUAAUGUAUUGCUGAGUCCAUCACAGGAGGACAUCUAUGUUGAAGCUCUCAAGUCAUACCAGAGGUCACGGCUUGAAUACAUUCGGCAGGAAAUGUCGGAAAUGCGCCAAUACUUACAAUCGUUGCGACAACAGGUACUGAAAUUGGAGUCCCGACGGCGGCCGCCCUACGAAUACGACGAUCGCGAUUGGUGGCAACGAUUGGUCACAUUGGGCGACGACAAUACACGCUUGCGUAUCGAUUGUCACGUAUUGGCCAUCGAAGUCGAUUUGUACGCUUCGGGACGACUCAUACCACUGGGUGUUACCGACGAAGAUUACUAUAGGAAUCUGCCGCCGCCCGGACCGAACAAUCCACCGAUAGUACCGCGACCACUAAGCGCCGGUAGUAGUAUUGUUGGAAGUCAACAACACCAGCAGCAACAACAACAGUCCGAUCAUCGACAGCUGGUCUCACCAUAUCCUGUUCAGCAGCAAAUGUUUGGCCAUCCGAUGAUCCCUUACCACCACAACCAGCAACAACAGCAGCAGCCAUACGGGCGGUUAUACUAUCCCCGUCUCGGACUGUAUAACGUUAGUCACAGUGGUGUCGGCGGCGGUGGUGACCUAUUAAAUCAAGUACCGCCAGCACCGGCACCCGUUUGGCUCGGGUCGUAUCGUGUGCGCCAACAGCAACCUAUCGGCACCGGAUCAACAACAACAUCGCAAACAGCAUCGGCGGCUGCACCGGCUCUGCCAUUGCGCAGUCAUAGCUAUAUGGAACUACCGCCACCACCGCCACAGUUACCGCCGCGACCGUCCCGAUCGUCGUUAAGUGCACCGUCCAAUCGGACACCACCAGCAGCAGCAUCAACCGGUGCUGGUGGUGUUGUUUGUGAUGAAGGUGCCCGUUGGGUGUGCGAAAAGUGUACAGUCGAAAAUCAUCCGGCACUGACCUACUGCGAGGUUUGCGAAAUGCCUCGCAAUACUAUCGGUGCUACCAGUGCUGCUGCUGCUGCUGUCUGUGCUACCGGUGCUGGUGGUGGUGGUGGUCAAGUACCGGCUACUGCUGCUGUAGCGCAUACUAUCAGCGAUAAUAAUAGUAGUACUGAACAGUGCUAUUGUCGGGAUUAUUGUCAAAUUAAUAAUAAUUAGGAUUAUCGGGAGUUUACUGUAUUUAUUGACAAUGAUAUCUAUGAAGUUUUUUUUC